AUGCAGGGAGACGAUCCACCAUUCUUGCCUGUUGGUACUGAUGUAAGUGCUAAAUAUAAAGGUGCUUUUUGUGAGGCCAAGAUUAAGAAAGUUGUGAGGAAUAUUAAGUGCAAAGUAACUGUAAAAGCUGGUGGUGGAACUAUCACUGUUAAUGAUGAUGUGAUUAAAGGCAACCUUAGAGUAGGGAGCACAGUAGAAGUGAAACAGGACCCUAAAAAGGAUGCUAUGGAAGCUGUCAUCACUAAGAUACAAGAUUGUAGCCAGUAUACUGUUGUAUUUGACGACGGCGACAUAACGACACUGCGACGGUCAGCGUUGUGUCUGAAAAGUGGAAGACACUUUAACGAAAGUGAGACACUUGACCAGUUGCCUCUGACGCAUCCAGAACACUUCUCCACCCCUGUGAUAGCAGGCCGUAGGGGCAGGAGAGGGAGAGCACAGUCAGAAGAAAGCGAGGGCUCCGGCAGUGGUCGGCGCGUAAAGGCAGACGUGGAGCCACACGUGGGACGUGUGGUGCUGGUGGAGGCGGGUGGCGGAGCCGAGAGACGGCGGCCGCAUCAGCCCGCCUUCCCAGCACUUGUCGUAGCGCCCACCGCUCAGAUCAAAGUCAAGGAAGACUACCUCGUUAGGUCCUUCAAAGAUGGCAGAUACUACACGGUCCCCAAGAAAGAAGCCCGUGAAUUUCGUAAAGGUAGUGCGCCUCUAGAAUGGGCUGGUGUGGAAGCCGCAUUACAAUAUCUCAACAAUGGGGUGUUGCCGCCUCAUUGGGAUAGAGACACGCUUUUCAACGAACCCAGGAAUACUUCCGAUGAUAGUUCAGAUGAUGAGCCGCGUGAGGAGAAGGACCACUUCGUCGCGCAGCUCUACAAGUUUAUGGACGAGAGGGGAACCCCGCUCAACAGAAACCCCACUAUCGCAAACAAAGACAUUGACUUGUAUAGACUGUUUAAAGUUGUAGAGAAGUUGGGUGGCUACAACAGAGUUACUAAUCAAAAUCAAUGGAAAACUAUUGCGGACAAGAUGGGCUUCCACCCAGUUACUACAAGUAUUACUAAUCUAUGCAAACAAGCAUACAAAAAGUUCCUACACAGUUACGAAGAUUUCUAUCGCAAGCUGGGCGUGACGCUGGUGGCGCACCCGCGCGGCGCCCGCACGCCGCCGGCGGGCCGCUCGCUCAUCCGCGACCGCGACCGCCACCCGCCCACUUCUUCCUCCGCCUCGGCCUCCGCCUGCUCCACACCUACUGGCACUCCUACACAGCAACGCGGUAAAGAUAAAGAUUCUUCUGAUAAGAGCGAAACUGACAAAAGCGAGAAAAGUGAAAAGGAAGAAAAACAAGAAAAGCCAGAAAAAACAAAGGAGAAACCUCGUGUCAGUGAUGGCGAGGAUAGUGCUGAUAAUCAGCCGCUUCUAGCGACUGUCGCGCCCAAAGUGGAAAAAGAUAAUGAAAAGGACAAAGAAAAAGACAAAGAUAAAAAAGAGGAGAAAGAAAAAGACAAAGAAAAGGAGAAAGAAAAAGAUAAAGAAAAGGAGAAAGAAAAAGAAAAGGAAAAAGACAAAGAAAAGGAGAAGGAAGCGAAAAAAGAAAAGGACAAAGAGAGGGAUAAGAGCUCUACAUCAAGCAGCACUAGUGAAGAAAAGGCAGUAGUUAAGCCGCGCUCACAGUCCAAAGGACGAACAAUAACUCCAGUCAAGAUAGACCACGAUAAAAGAACUCCUAAGAGACGAUCUUUGUCUUCGAAAGCAGGUGACGGUGCAAGUACCAGCACCUCACGAGCGUCUCGUCGUCCGCACGUUUCAACUGAUAGCGAUAGUUCGGGGCGAGCUUCCAGAUGUGGACCAAUAAAAAAGAUGCAGAGUCGUCGAAGUCAGAGCGCUAAUUCUGCAAGCAGCGGAAAUACUAUCGCUUCUAAUAGCAGCAAGCGACCUCGUAAGAGAAAGAGUACUGAGCCUUCAACAAAUGAACCCACAAGAUCAGGCGUCUCUAACGUGAAAGCUCAAGUUGGUGACAAAUUAAAGGUGUAUUAUGGUCCCACACAGUCGGAGUCGAAGGUGACAUACGAAGCUAAGGUUAUAGAGGUGUCAUCAGAAGGCAUGCUGCGAGUACACUACACGGGGUGGAACACUCGCUACGAUGAGUGGAUCAAACCGCAGAGAAUUGCGCUCAACGUCACACAACAUGAGCAGCGGAAUAAGAAGAACACCGGUAUGAAUAGACGUGCAAGAACAAAGAGAACUGAAGAAUCGUCAGCACGAUCGGAUUCAGAUAGCGACUCUGAAAGUGAUGAAGAUGUCAAGAGACCUUCUAAAAAGUCAGACGAAAAGCCCAACUCAAAAACUCCAUCAAGAUCUAAAGACCUUAAGUCAAGCGACAGCAGCAGCUCCAGUAAACCACGCAAGAGGCCUGUGAGAACCAUAUCGACUCCUACUGCAGCUUCUCCACCUAAAAAACCCCGUCCAAACGUCACUGGACGUGAUUUCGAUCUUAACGAAAUUAGGUCUGAAUUAAAAGGAUUACAGACGGUAAAACAGGAAACCGAUGAAACAGUUAAAACUGAAGGGGUAGAGGCAUCGUCACCUACAGCUUCCCAGUCAAACCCAGCCCCGCCUGAACCACGUCAGUCAGAGAAACAACCAGAGGAUGUUUAUGAGUUCAAAGAACCAGAACCAUUCGAACUAGAAUUGCAUGAUGAAAAGAAAAAGCGUACUCAUCGCAUCUUUGAUGACAUCUCCCCCAGUAAAUACACAUCGACGCUAUCUAAAUCCUUGAGUGAAGAAAUAUCAGAAGAUCCGAUGCGAGUACGACCUCCGUUAAGGUCGCCUUCGUUAUCGCCUUUCCGGGAUUUCGGCAGCUCCAGAGAAGUAGGCCGUCAUAGCCCAGAAGACGAUUCCAAAGAUGGACUCUUUUCUUUAGAUGAUGAUUCAUUCCCGGGCGAUGGUAGUUCUGGACCAACUUUCGAAGGAUUUACUCCAGCUAAAAACCAAGAAACCUAUUCCAAAAAGAGUAAAGUCUCUAAAUUGAGAGAACUUAUUGAUGAUUCUCCAGACUCCCCGGCAGAUGACGAACAAUCGUCAGAUGAUGAUCCUGAAGAUAUAACCAUAAAACAAGAAAUAAACAGGGAUCCUAUCCCAUUGUUAUCGGUAAUCGAAGAACCGAAAACACCAGAACCUGUCUUGAAGGAGGAACCAAUGGAUUCGGAACCAGAAUUACCACCCACAGAAGAAAAAAUAGUUAAAACAAAGGCAAUAUCUAGGGAAAAGACUCCUGAACCGCCAAAGACGCCUCCGCUACAAAAACAAUCCGAAGUUCAACUUCCUAAAAUAAGUAUAGUGACAAGCAUUUCAAUAAAUAAUACUACUACUACACCUGGGACUAACACUGCUGCUACAACUGUUUUAAGUCCUACUCGCAUUCCCACUCCAACUCCCAACCCAUCUUCCCCGCCAAUAAUCGAAUUGAAAAAGAAAGAAGAGCCUAAAACUAAACCCAUUGAACUCCCUAAAACUAAAACUCCUGAACUCCCCAAAACAAAACUAGAUAUCCCUAAGACAAAAACACUGCAACUUGCUUUAACAAAAGUUCUAGAACUUCCAAAAACUAAAAUUUUAGACAUGCCGAAAUCAAAACCUGUAGAGCAAUCUAAACCACAAGUUUUAGAGCUACCUGCAGAAGAGCCUAAGAAAGAAAUUAAAAAAGACGAGCCAGAUAAGCUUUUAGUUAUCCCACCUGUUUUAGAGCCCAAAGAAAAAUCACUCAUAAUUAAACUUGACAAGAAACUUGAGAAUGCACCGUCAGAACCGGAUAGUCCAGCUAGAAUCGAUGUCCUUCCAGAACCUCCACCUGGGUUUUUACUGCAAUCAGAAGGUCCUAAGAUAGCAGAAAAGCUUCUUAAAGCCAUUAGUAGUGCUAAGAGAUUAUCUAUGUCUCCUCCACCAUCGCAAGAUCGACCAGACACUCCUAAAUCGGACUCAAUUAAGUCGAGUAGAUCGGACAUCAAAUUAAUCGCCAUAUCCCCUGAACCCAAGCCAAGCCAAGUGAAACCGGAUCUAGGAAAACCAUUCGUUAAGAUAGAGCCGAUUAAAAAGUCUGUAGAAAAUACCACAGAGUCUAUAUUUGGUGAACCACAUAACUUUGUGGAUUUGAAACGCGAUACAUUGGAUAUUAAAAAGCCUAAGUCUGAUGAUCCAGUAGCACCGAGGUUGCAAAGCCCCUUAAACAUUUUGGAACGAAGGAAGAGUGUGGCAGACCACCCACUGAGUGUACCAGGCAAAAAUAACAAAGUGCUUAGUGACACAAUACAGAAGCUUUCAAGUCAAAUAAAUCAGUCGGCAGCGGCGGCUGCAGCCAGUAUUCCGCUGCCACCUUUUCCUACGGAAGACAGAAGCGAAUCCAGCGACUCCGAUGAUUCUGACAGGAGGUUAAUAAUAGAUAAGCUAUCAGUUGAAGAAUGGGGCUCCGGUGGCAGUUCUGAAGCGGUGCCCACUGCGGCCGUCGUGGCUAGCGCAGCCACGCGGGCUCUGCACGCGGGCAAAUCUCUGGGCGAGUGGAGCGGGGCCGAGUCUCUGCUCAUGCUCGAAGACGCUUGUAAGAACGAGAGGAAACACAGCGCGAGCGUCGUAGUGGCGGGUAGCGGGCGUGUCGCCACCGUAGCCGCGGCGGCCGCGUGCGUGUCGGGCGUGUCGGGCCCCGGAGAGGACGACAGCAACAUCUCACUGCUGCUGUGCGAGGAAACCAUCCCCGGCUCGCCCGCUCCCGACGCGGAGCCGGCGCCGCCCCGUCAACGGCUACACAUGCCAUUCGCAUCGGCACCGCCGCAUCAUCAUACGCACUCGAAAGAGGAUCGCCGCGGUGAAGGCGGGUCCCGGGCGAGCGGCGCCGCGAGUGCCGGAGCGGGAGCGAGCGCGGGCGAGGCUCCGGGCGGCGGGCCCAGCGCUGCGCCUGCGCGAGAGGCAGCCUGGGGCCGCCCGCGCCCGCUUAUGGACAACACGCCCCCCACCACGCCCGACAGUAGCCUCGACAUGUCUCCGCACAGGGAGCGGCGGAUAUCGGAAAGAGACAGUCCGUCGGAACGAAAAGAAGACGAAGACGAAGGUCAAGCGAACGACGCGACGGCCCAUGACGUCGAUAAACCUCACGGCGGUAGUCGGUCACGCAAAGCUUCUGAGAGUUCAUGUGCAGGUGCGGGGCGCGGACGCACGCGACGCUCGCGGCGCGACACGGACGAAGCGCAAAACUUGCAUCACCACUCGCACCAACCGCCGCUCAAAUACAACUUUUACGUCGAUUUAGAUCCGACGUGGGAUUGUCAAACACGUAUUAACGUGUUGACUUCGCGUCUGGCGGACCUACGAAAAGCUUACCAUUCGGUAAAGGCAGAACUGGCAGCCAUCGAUCGACGACGGAAGAAACUGCGACGAAAGGAGAGAGAAGCUGUGAAGGCUGCGAAAGCUGCGUGCUCAUGA